AAUGAUCGCGUUGCCCGUUGGUAUGGCCGUCCGCACAUCGUUCACCGACCGGCGGUCGUCGUCACGUGUUGUCGCCGUCCCCCGGCGGUAUCGGUCAGCCGCAGUCGUGCCCGUCGCCGUCGUCUUCGCCGUGCUGUGCGCGGCGCUGUCCGCCGCCGCCGCCAACAAAUGCGCUCCAAAGGUAAACCAAAGUCGGGGAGGAGGAACCUCCCCCCCGCGCGAGGUUAUUCACUCCCGGAUUUUAUCGUUUUAUUACUUACUCGAUAUUUUAUUGGCCGAAAAUAAUUCGUCCCGUCCGCCGUGAAAACAAUCAUGGUAUCUGGGUGCCUAUACCGCGGGGUAAGUACUUACCCGCGGGGCGGUAGAUUGGGCGCCGGUCACCGUCCGGGUCGCGUCCUAGGUUCGGUAUUUUCGGUUCGGUUGCGAUUUUCGACGCUACAACGAAUUCGACACGACGUGACCCGCGGCCCGGCCCGGCGCGUCGUUUCGCGGCUUUUUCCGGCGAUCGGGUACCGGAAUUCGCGGGAUAUUCCGAGUUUUUUUUUUUUGGCGUGUUUUUUCCCCUGUACUUAUGUAUUAUUAUGACCGUACGCGAUAAACGCUCUGAACGCGUACUACGCGCCUACGCGGAGGACACGACAGUACCGCCGUACCGCGAGUUUUUGUCGUAAAUGUUUAUUGCAGCGCGAAGCGUGCCGUAGUGGCGUUGAAAAGGACGUCGCGCGGUCGGAUCUCCUUUAUGAGCCAAUUGAAACGGGCCACAGGUUUUUAUAAUAAUAUAACGGCGACGUGUGAAUACGGAGGCAAUAAAAAUGUAAUUGGUAAAAACGUACCGUGUUGUAGAAAAAAAAAAAAAACCGCUUACAAACGUCUUUUUUUUCCUACCUACCUUGUUUUAUUUGUUAUCGGAAUCGCUCGCACGCGCGCAGCGGUAUAUACAGGGUGGUUUGUUUAGGUUUUUUUUUCUUAUACGGCUUUACCCGGCGAUUGUUAUUUAUAUACGGGUACCUAGGUACCCAUAUAUAUACCUAUACGACGACGGUUUCGAGUGAAUAAUCCAUUUCAGUUUGGUUUGUUUUUUUUCCCGCUCGUAAUGUUGUAGAGAUAUUUACAAUAUUACUAAUAUUAUCAAUAUUUAUAAAAAUAAAUUACACGACUUUUAAUUUUCGGGGGGGAGGGGGUGGGUGGGUUGAACUUUCCCCCUAAAUACGUGCUUGACUCGGACUAUCGGUUUAAUCGGAUAUGACACGAUAUUUUCAAAAAUGUUACCGUAAUAAUAUAACAACCAUAAUAAAUAUGACGAUUUACCGACUUUUGGUUUUCAAACGGCAACUUUUCCGCCCGUUUUCCGCACGCAUUCGUAAAGCAAAUAUUUUUUUGAAAAAAUCGAUACGCGCGUAACACUAUACUCCUCGGAUUUAACUUUUACCUACACGAACUAUAGCGGGUUAACAUUUAGACCGGAAGAGUGUUUAGGGAAAGGCAAUCCCUUUUUUUCGCAUGUCGAAAAUGGGCAGUUGCUGUUUGAAAAUCGAAAUCGGUAGGUAUACGGGUUCGAGUGUAGUUAUAGAGUUAGGAAUUUGAAAACGGCCCGAAAAUUAUAGAGCUUUUAUAAUGCUAUAAAAUGAUUGAAAACAAUGAAAAAAAAAAAUCUAAUUUAUUCAACAAAAUAGCCCGUGAGAAAAUUGCUAGCUGGACAACUAUGCAAGAAUCACCCUGUAUACCUAACAUAACCUUUGCCCUGGUUUGUGACGUUUUCAUAAUACUGUACGGCCAACGUUCUUGUUACCUAUAAUAAUACGAUAUAUUAUUAUUUAUUAUUACUAUGUACCAGGUAUAUACGAGUACGGGAAUUUUUUUUUUUAUCAAUAAAGUCUAUUUACCGUACAUGAGGUGUUAAAAGCUUGAAUCACUGUUGCUACAAUCAUCGUAUUUAUCAAACCGUGGUGCGGUAAUUACAAUACGGUAACCACGGUUGUUGUGACGGUAACGGCUGGUGGCAGACGUGCAUUUAGGGUUAAUAAAUAUCAACGGAGAGGAGGGGGGGAACAACGAAAAAUCACAAUAGUUAACAUAUCUAAUUAUAAUGAAAACAAUAAAACAGAAAUACGCAUUGUUCAAUAUAUUUUGCAAAGGUUAACCGCGGUCAAGUAACGAGGCGCGAAUCAAUGAAAAUAAUAAAUUACAGUUCGAUUACAAGCCAAGUUAACUAACGAAACCAUUCGGUUAAAAUGUUAAAAUGCAAAAAUAUAUAAACAUACUUUUAUAAAACUACAGUAGCUUUAAUAAAGGAACGUUUUUUCUCCUCGAAAAACAAUUAUACGGUAUUUAUAAAAAUGCUCUCAGUUUUUUUUCACGUAGUACAUAAUGAAGGACGCGGUAUUUUCGUCCGGUGGUACUUUGCCUGAAACGUUUUUUUUGAAAUUCUCAACAGUUCAUCCCUUAGAUCGUUUAUUCGGUUUUUUGCUCUUCAUAACACGUUUUCAGAUAGUAAAAAUGCUCCGAAACGUCCACGUCCGACGUCAUACCUGAAAAGACGCAGUAUUUCUACUAGAAGGGUAUAAUACUAUUUUUUUUUUAAAAUUUAUCUCCUAUAUUUAUCGAUUUCAAUGGUUACUUCCGCUAUUUUAUACCUCCCCUUUAAAUUUCAUUAAUAUUAACUACCUACCGUGCAAGCGCAGGGGUAAUUUUGGUGAUUUAAACCCCUUCCGAAACAACAACCCCUUCAGUUUGUAUUUAAAAUUUCAACAAUAAAUAGUUCUAUAUUUAACAGUGACCUAGCUUGAUGGGAAAGGGCCCCGGGGCGACUAAAAAACUAGGCACUCUAACUAAUAUAAUAUUUAUGAAAAUUCGAAAUAUAGCUACACAUAACAUUGUCUAUUUGAGUGUAAAUAUAUUUACUAACCGCAAAUGAAAAUAAUUAACAGAUAAUUAAUAAACACAAAGUAAAAGAAAAACCAGUUUAAUAUACAACAGAUUGUUAUACUAUACAAAUUAUAACUAUCUGCAGUAUGGCGAACACCGUUUAUUGCGUAUUACUGUGUGUAUUAUUUUUCUAUUUAAAUACUGAUUGUGACUGGAAUAACUGCGUAAGAUUGAAAACAUUCAUUGUUAUAAGGAAGUAAUUUCAGAAUCGUUUGAGGCCUCCCUCCCAAGCUCCGAGCCCCGGAGCACUGCCUCACUUUGCCCCAUGUUAGCUACGCCACUGCUCUUUAACGCAUUGAACCGAAAAUGGCCACGGGAAUGAGUAUGCUCGAAACGAUUUGAAUUCCGCAGAGACGAAUGCAGCAGUAAACGACCGUCGCCCCGCAGCCUCGUUUCCCCGUGUGGACCCUCCCCUGAUACGGCGACCGGCGGUUCCGAUAUCGUAAACCAAUACCGAUCCGGUUUUUCAUAAUAAUAUGUAGGCAUAUAUACGUGAACGCCGCAAUAAUAUUAAGAAUACACGGUCUCCCGGUCUCCCGGUGUCAUCGUAAUACCACUAUAAUGUACUAUUAUUAUUAUUGUAUCUCGUACACUCGCGUACAACAACAACAACAACAGCGGCGGUAACAGCGACAACAGGCAGGUAUGUCUAAUGGGCUGCAGGUACGGUUAUAAAUAGAACCAGUGUUACGGUCGCAGGCAUGCGGACGAUAGGCGUUGGGCGGGGGUAAGCUGGCGCCUGCUACCCCGUUUCCAGACGUGACUCGGUCGGGAUGUGACGGCGCGGCAGUACGGUCGCCGUUUAAGGUCGAGUUUUGAUUUUUUUUUUAACCGCUACGAUGUCAUUUAAACGCGGCCACCGACCCAAAAACUUCGUGCGUACGAUUUUUUCCGUUGUUCGUUAUUACAAUAAAAUAAAUAACAUUAUUGUACGGUUUUAGGUCGGCAUAUACGUAAAAAGGUAUAAUACAUCAGUAUGAUAAUAGGCUAUAACGUCGUUGCAGCUAUCGACAAAGUUAACAUUUCAUCUUUGCGCAUAAACCGUAGUAAUUAUUAUUUUACAGUGGUUUUUAGUUUCCUAAUUGUAUUCUUACACUGUAGUCAAUUCUACACAAUAUUAUAUUAAAUAAUAACGUUUCGAAAAUUAUUUGAUCGUACAUUUUGACGAAAUCGUAAAAGGAGGACGCUUUUUUUUUCGGUUUCUUUGUGUACUUUUUCUGAUUUUCAAAAUACUCGCAGUAAACGCGGUUUUUCGCUGGAUAAACUCAAACUGUUGGGAUGUUACAAUGUUUAUUAUACCUAUUCAAUUCGACCGUUUUAAAAAUUGCAUAUUAUAUUUUUAACGAGGAAAUUACGCGUAUACAUCGUGUGUAUAUAUAGUUGCGUUAAAUUAAAUAAAAUACAGUAUUUAUUAUUAUCGGAGCGUGCACUCGCAAUAAAAAUGCUCGUCGAUAAAAUAGUACUCGAAAAAUCUAUAUAGCGAGCGGCGAAUAUCCGAAUGCUCGUUUUUUUUCUUUUUUUUUUUAUUCUCCGUACGCGUAUUAAACUUAUUAAAGACAAUAAAAUUUUACGAGGUGCUCGGGGGAAAAAAAAAAAAAAAACCGGUCGUCGGCCAUUCCAAAAGACGGGAAACUGUUAUAGCCGCGGUAACGGAAUAAUGGCACGCCGAUAUAAUAAUAUCGUUAGAAUAUUAUUAUUAUUAGUAUUAUAUUUGUUCGGGACUUAAUAAUAUUCGGAGUGGUAUAGACCGAUGACCCUCCUCGCGGUAACCUGUUGCACCGAAGCUUCCCCGUCCACAAUAAUAUUGUUCACGACUAUAAUGUAACCUACCCGUCUGCACAACCUAUUAUAAUGUGCCCGUACGCAAUCUUCCGUUUUUAAUCAGUAGCGCCAAACCGAGAAAUCCGCGUAAUAUUUUAUUUGUACUGUUAUAUUAAAUAUUAUCAUCUCACGUACAUUGGCAUUAAUAAUUUCACUAUCGCAUCGCGGAUGUUUAUCGCCGUACAGGUGUAUUAGGUUAUCGGCUUGACAUUGACCUUGGAAUUUUUUUUAUUUUCAUUUUUUUUUUUUCAAUAUUGCUUCAAGUUAUUAUUAUAAAUGUUGAUAUGACUCAUUAUAAAUAUUAUUCUAAUAAUUCUAUAAUACACGGUUAUUGCAAAAAAAUGAAAAUGAAAUGAGAUUUUGCUUAUAAAUCGCAUCUUAUUUCUUAAAAAUAUCAAUAUCAAGCGCCGUCGUCACCUUCGCCUCUUUAUCCUCAACCUCAUUUCCCUUUAAUCCCUUCGGCCCUUUCGCAAAGCACGCAAGACGAAUGAACAAAAAACUGCGUGCAAAAAAAGUCAAACUCAGCAGCAGCAUACUCUUGAUUAUGCACCGACGCACGAAAAUCGCAUUUAAUCAUAAAAAAGCCAAUUAAUUAACAGCAUAGGCUAUCGACGGAGAUUAGAUUGAAUUUUUUUGGGGGGAGGGGCUAUUUUAAUGAUGAGCAAAAAAUAUAUCACAACUUGUAUCAGUAUUCCCAUUCUCAUUUUCACAUAUAAAAACGUAAUAAGCUAUAAAAUAGGCCAUUCCGACUUCAGGGUCAAUAUCAUUUUUUAUGGAGGGGGAGCUAGAAUUAUACCUUUAGGGGGAGUUUCUCUAGCCUCCCAAUCUCCACUUAUGUUUAACAGAGAUCCUCAAAAAUUAUACAUGAUUCAAUGUUUGCAAUCCGUGCAGUAGAGAAAAUAUUAAGUAAUGCGCUACGUGUCCUUUACAAAUUUUUCCAGGCUCAAUGCUUAUUACCUACUAUUUAAACCAUACUCGUCAUUAAUUCGAAACUCGAAACAGUUUUCAAUUUUAACGGUUUCACUGUCUUGAUUUUUGAAAUUGUUCGAUUUCGAGUUUUGGUUUACCACAUUGACGAGUCAAUACGAAUAUAAGUUUUCUUUUCAUCGAGUGCUUAUAUUAUUUUCACCGUCAUAGUUUCAGAGUAUGUUCGUUUUAAAUGUCGUAUGUUCGUCAAGUUUUAAUCGAGAGCGGAAAUAUUGAAUUGUGUCCCGAAAAAUUUGAAUCCUCUUAAUGUGGUUAAAAUAAAUAAUGCCAAGAUAAAAUUACCAAAUAAACGUUAAAUACUCAUGCUGUUAUUUUUUUAAACCAGUGGGGGACGGGUAAUCAGAGUCUGAGAAACGAAUGCAGUUAAGCUCCCAAGAGAUUUUGCGAUUUUUUGUUCAUAAUUUGUAUUUUUGCAUGCUUAAUAUGAUGAUACUUUAAAAAAAAAAUGCCGUCAAACUUCCUUUCAAAGUAUGGUAAAUUUCAUAAUGUUCGAGUUUUCCAAAUUAACAUUUUUAAAUAUCCUAUACAUUUUUUAAAUGCGAUUAUUCCACGCUUAAUAUAUUGCGUAUAACAUACUACGUAUUAUUAUUGUUGACGUGUAGUAAACGGGUUGCUCAAAACUGUAUCGCCGAAAUAUGACUAACGUUUGAUUUAUAAUUAAACAAAAUACAAUUUUAGUUGUUUGUACAAAAUAUAUUUAUACAGAUAAAAAUGGUUAUAAUUUAACAUGUUUACCUGUUUAAAAUACGCGUUGACUCAUAUAAGUAACAGAAGGUUGAUAAAAUAAAUUAACUCGUCGGCUUACAGAUAAAUCGACUAAAAAAGUAUGACGUGUAGUUAAGUUACAAGUAGAAAACACAAAUUUACUUUUUUUUACGACUAUGUUUACUAUCUUGUUUUCUGCUUAAAUUUGGAGGGGGACGCAGAAUCUCUUAUCUUAUAAAAUAGUUUAGGUUAUUUUUCAAUUUUAAAUAACGGACACAGAGCUAUUAACAAAAAUAGAUAGAGGGGCGUGAUUAAAAAUUUGUUGAUUCAGAGUACCAAAUUUACAGAAUUCAAAAAAAGCUUUAUCCAUGUUUUUUCCUAUUUCAAGUGUACAUUAUUAAUAUAUAUAUAAAUAUAUUAAAAUCUUAAAGAACGCACAUUUUUACAUUUUUGGGUCCUUUUUUAAGCGCUGAUGUUACACCUAGUUACUUGUCCUGCAGUUUCAUACAAAAUUAUUGAAUUAAAUACGUAUAUUUUUUUUCUAAUAAUUAUUUUAUUCAAUUAUCGAUUGCAAUCAAUAUAAGAUAUUCGACGAAAAUUAAUAAUCAGUGUUUACGUUUGUUUUGUUCUUAGUCAUGCAACGCAAUCGAUCCGAACAAAUUAAACGUUCAUCUUAUCGCUCAUACACACGAUGACGUUGGAUGGCUGAAAACUGUGGAUCAGUAUUACUAUGGCAGUAGGUAUUCUUUUUUUUUUUAAUUAAAGCCUUAGAUAAUUUGAAGUUUAUAUCUCUCCGUUUUGUGAUAUUAGCUGUUAUAUAGGUUACGUUUUUACUAGUUUAAAUAUUAACUAAAUAUUUAAUCAAAACCGGGCAAGUAAACCAUUUUUCUAAACUAGUUCAGGUUAAGAUAUUCUUAAAAUAAAGCUAAGCUAAGUUAAAAUUAAUUUAAAGUUAAAAAUAACUUUUAACGAUAGUCAUUAACGUAUUUUGUAUUUUAAACGUUUAAAAUGUAUACCUGCUUUUAUACUAUAUUAAACAAGACUCGUACACAGAGUCACGUUGAAAAUUGAUAGUAUGAUAUGCACGAUUUCAUUGAGUAAUUUUAUUUAGAUUGGUGUAGAAACAGUUAUUGAAAUCUAUAACAAUAAUUUAGUAUAUUUAGUUUAUUUGCCUAUCUAUUAUUCUUUCGCCUGUUUUACCCAAAGUUUUCCCAAAGUCGAAAUAAAAUGAAUCGAGUUUUUGAGAUAAAACGGCUAAAGAAAUUGUAUUUAUUUUUAUAAUUAUUGUUGCUAUUAUUAAAUAUGUUACUAUCACUAAAACGUUAAUUGUUUAUUCCGGGUAUUGAUAACAUACAAAUAUGCAUUGAAAAUGCAUUCCGAAAAAUGCAGCUCUAUGUGAGUACUUAGACGAGAAUCUUAAACAUUUUAAAUUUCAAAAAAAAAAAGUUGAUAAACACUACACUAAAGGCACUAAAAAUUGAAAAAAAUAAAACUGCUAAACAAAAUGUUUAUAACCGCUAGCUGUUACAUCACAUUUCGGACUUUGUACUUCAAUAUUAUAAGAAAAAGGUCACGGACAAUUAAAAAAAAACUCACUUAUUAGCUACAAAUUCAUUGUUUUAUACGAAUUCAAGUUCAAGUUUCCUACAUCAAGAGAGUUAAUAAACGUCUCAAUUUUUUAAUAUUAUUUACGAUGAUAUUGUAUUAUUUGAAAUGAGACUGUGUCUGGUUCUGAGCGCAACGAGGAAUUCAUUGAUUUAUCUAUAAUAAGCGAUGUGCAGCGGCGGAUUUUCAAUAUUUUUCUAGGAGAAGUCCUGAAAAAUUAUAUAUAUAUUAAAGGUAUCUAUUAUUAGACGCCUCUUUUUAGACGAUAAUUUAUUGAAAUAUCAUUUUAUCAGUGUCUGAGGGGAGGGUCCAGAAACCCUGUACUCUCUCUUGUGUUUUUUAACAAAUUUUCUACCAGAAAUAUUGCUAUAUGAUUUUCAAGUGUAGUAUCUUUUCUGAAAAUAAAAAUAAAUUGUAUCACGGUGAUGUAUCGGUAAGGUCAGGUCAUAUUUUUGCUAUUUGAUUUUCCUUUGUUUUCUAAAUAAUUGGGAAAAAGUAGUAGUCGUUUUUUUUAAUAAUCUUUUUAAGUUAAAAUUUUGAUUGGAAUCUAUAUAAAUCACGGCAUUUCAAUUUAAUAUGUUUAACCGAAUUUCACUCAGAAUCGUAUUUCGUGAUAUAAAUGUAAAUUGAAAUAUAUCUUAGUGUAUCCUUAAUUUCUAAUGUUAUUUUUUUUUUAUUUUGCUAUUAUAUUUGCAUGUAAUAAAUUAUGUACUAUGAAUUAAAACGUACUGUUGCAGUAUGUAUACCAACUCGUACUAUUGUAGCUAGGCCGUUUUGAAAAUUAUUUCUAUUGGUGAAAAACAUAAAUCUACACAACAGCGUAUGAGUUAGAAAUGGCCAGUUGGUCAUAUUAACAGAAGUCGUAUUCGCUAUAAAUUCGGUGUUUUCGCUCGUCAAAACACGAAGUUACGGGAACGUUCGGUAUUAAAAUUAAAUAAUAUACGCUAUAUAAUUCAUUGAUCAGCAUAAAAUAAAAAUUCGAUUUUGUCCGAAACUUCUAUAUACACAUAGGCAAGGUCAUUAUUGCGUUUGAUUAGCCAAAAUCGAAUUUCAUCAUCCGAUUGUUUUUUUCCGUGGGAGGGGGGUGGAUGGCGUUACCCUCAAGGAAGAGCCGAAGUACACUGUUAUAAUAUAAUUAUAUUAUAAUUUUACAGUAAUUUUUUUUUUUAUUAAAUUAUCUACGUAAAAUACGCAAUGAAUUCGUUAUCGAGUAAUUAAUGUUAAAAUUAAAUUUUUCCGAGUUGCCGGUAUGCCAAUUUAUAUAAAAAAAAAAAAAUAAAUAAAUAAAAAAUGUCAGUAUACUAUAUUAAGUUCUUCUUAACGGAUACUGCUCGUGUGGUUAGGUCGAUGUUGUAGAUGAGUAAUAAGAAAGUUUGUAGGGUAAUUUUAUUUACAUUUGAACGCAACGAUAUAACUACUCGUCGUCAACGAAAAACGAUUCUGAGUGUAGUUCGUUUAACCAUUGUGUUCAACAACUUUAAUUGAAAAUUGUAUUUGUUUGUAGCUGUACAUAAUAAAUGACGACAAUUGACCGUGUUUUAUUCAUUGCGCAAAUCGGAUAAGUAUUACACGAAAUACAGUGAAUAUUAAGAUUUUUGUCAAAAGUUAAAUUUAAAACACGCUUAUGAAAAAAAAACUAUAUUACGUUUAACUUAUUUUUACCUCUAAACUAUGAUGAGUGUAGUUUUAAAUUUUGCUAGGUCAAAAAAAAAAUUCAUUUUCACAUAAAUCGGAAAAUAAUAUACCGGAAAUGCUGUGAUUUUUACAAUAUUGUAAUUUCAUGCUCAAUAAAAUAAAAUACAUAAUAAUGUUAUAAUUUGUUAAUACAUUUUUGAAGUUCAAUAGCUCUUCCCCUCUACCCUUCUCAAACCUGCUCGAAUUAAUGCCCAGGGACGUCCUUGGUCACACCCAUUACAUAUGUGCGUUUUAUCUAUUUCGUGUUUGAUGUGGCUUUGAAACGUUUCAAAAUUAAAUUCUGACGAUUUUGCGUAUAUAUUAUACGUGUUAACCGAUUAACAAUUUGCAUAAUAUGUACGUAUAUAAACAGUUUAACGAUAUUGUACGUUUUUUGGGUGUGUGUAUGCGUCGUUGCGAUUAAUUUCAACUUAAAUAUUCGAAAAAAAAAAAAAAAAAUAAAUAAAACAACUGAUUAAAUCUGUAUUCCGAACGGAACCCCGCAAUAAUAAACCCCGAAACGUCACCUACCGCAACGAAAAAGGUCGUAUCUCAUUUUUCCUAUUUCUAAUCUUCGAAUUUUUUAUCGUAUCGCUUGCCGCAACGAAAAAAGAUUAUAUCUCACCAUAAAUCAUAUCAUAUAAUAUUAUACGUCUAUGUAUCUUACUGUUUUCGACUUUUAAUCUAAUCUCUUAAGAUGAGUUGGAGAGGUACCACCUUUUUCGUGGACGACGUUGGAAAAAUAUACGACUUUUCGUUGCGGCGGACAAUGUAUUGCAGUACGAGAUUAUAAAGCCGGCGUGUACAUGGGUGUCGCAGGAAAUUUAUCAGGGAGGGGCAUAAUAAAAUCAAACACCGAGAAGUACUUAAAAUAAAAUUUAUAAGGAAUAAUUAUUUCAUCUGAUUUUUUUGAUUUAAACGUAUUAUUAAUUUAUUUUUUACUUUAAUUUUGCACUUUUUCUUUUUUUUGCCCGAUGCAGGUAACAAAGCACACGCGCCGUUCGGCGUUCAAUACAUACUGGACUCCGUUGUGUCCGAAUUGUUGAAAAACAAAAUCCGAAAGUACGUACCCAUGCAUUUUUUUUAUAUAAAAAGUAUUUUUUUUUGGGGGGGGGAUCUAAAUAUAAAAUUUAUCACCAACUACCAAUAAUCUGAUUUUUUGACGAGAAGCUUAAAUUUCAAAGGGGUCUGGACGGGGGUCCAGACCCUAUGGACCCCCUGACUACGAGCCUGUAUAUAACAGUACCCAUCACGGAGAAUAUAUGCACACGAAAAAAAAGAUGAGAUAAAAGGUGUAAUUUUUUCUCGUCAAGACACUUAUUCGGAUCUAGAUAGUUAUACAAAAUGUUCCAAAAAUGAGGUGCUUUUUUCAUAGAAAUUGAAAUAUCACUGCAUAUUAGGCCGUUUAGACUGUUCUUUUUUAACCUAUAGGUUGGACUGAUGGAUGUGGGGUUUUGAGAAUAUUUAAAAAAGGCUGGUGUUCAUAUCUUAUUGCUGUUAUUUUAGAUUCGUAUUUGUGGAAACGGCUUUUUUGUGGCGUUGGUGGGAGGAACAGGACGACUGGAACCGGGAUAAUCUGAAGAAGCUUAUCGACGAGGGUCGGUUACAGUUACUUCACGGCGGAUGGGUAAUGAGCGAUGAGGCUGUGCCCCAUUAUUCCACCCUCAUCGACCAGAUGACUCUGGGUCUCAAGUGAGUGCGGUUUGGUUAGUAAUAUUAUUGGUAAAACCUGCAGGGUUCGAGUGCUUUUGCAGUGGAAAACUAGAGAAAAAAAAACCAGACUAUACAGUAGUGCUGCAUAAAAAAAAUAGCUGAAUAUUGCAUUUCAAAAGUUCAAAUCACAUCUAAAAUUAUUUUUUCGUUUGACUAUUUAUUGGCUUACCCCAUCUAUUUUAUAGAUUUUUGAACGAUACGUUCGGCGAGUGUGCCAGACCCCGCGUGGCGUGGCAAAUAGACCCGUUCGGACAUUCCAGCGAGGUGGCCGCCGAAUUCGCACAAAUGGGUUUCGACGGUCUGGUUUUGGGCCGGAUCGAUUACGAGGACAUAGCGCUGCGGAAAUCUCAGAAGACGAUGGAAAUGGUGUGGAGACCAGACGUCAACAAGGGUGAGCCGUGGUCGUAUUACUAAUUUAAACUUUUUUUUUUUUUAAUUGCGUUUUUUCUUUUUUGGCAGACGACAUAUUUUAUUGCCAAUUUAUUAAUAUUUAUUGAUGUAGAAUUUUUAAAUUGAAGGCGUGCGCUGCGUUUUAUCGGUCGCACAUAAUUUUAAGACAAGUUGUUGUAGUAAAAAAUUAUAAUUGCUAGACCGAUCGCGCUCAACACGUAUAAUACAAAAUAUCACACUUAAAAAAAAUGUUAACUAAAAAUAAAAUUAAAAUACCGUAAUUUUAAAAACCAUACAGUCGAUUGUGAAUCGACUAUUGUAUUUAGGACAAUUAUUGCGAUAAUCCAUCUGUGUAAUAUAUACCUAAAUGUAAAUAUAAAUAACGAUAUUUAUGUAGGAUAUUGCAAAACAAAAAUAAAUGUACUAUUGAAAAAAUAACGGUACAAAGUGUUAUAAAAGACGAGCGUGGAACAACAAUGAAACAACAAAGGCGAAACUAUGAUACGCGAAUGAGAAAUACGUUGAACAAAUCACUGUUUUCUUUACACUUGGGGUAAACGAAUUCUAUAUUAGAAGAGAUUGUAAAACGCGACGAAUCGGAUUUACGAAGUUUAAUUAUCGUCCGAAAAAAUAUUGUAUAGAACACUGUUAUUAAAUCGUCUAAUCGUCUUGAACGUACAUGCGGAUUUAAAAUUGUUUUUUUUUCCUUUUUACGUAUCGCGUCGCUAAAUUACCAAUAUCGUUCGUUUCGCAGGACAAGACGGCGAGUUGUUUACAAGUGUAUUGUACAACCUAUACGUGGCGCCCGAAGGAUUUUGUUUCGACGCGUUCUGCAACGACGAUCCCAUUUUAGAUAACCCGAAACUCCACGGGUACAACGUGGACGCAAAAGUAAAUAAUAAUUUAUUAUCUAUAUGUAUUAAUCGUACCCUAGCGUUUAUAUGAUAUCGUUCACAGCACACGCAUACGGAGUGAGGUCAAUUUAUUAUCGUGGACCCGCAUCGAUUAUCAAUAAUAAAAAUUUUGAGUAGGUAAAUUUUUGAUUCUUGUUUUUCUUUCCAUCCGGCAUCACAAUAUACCUACCGUUCGACGAUAUUGUUAAGAACGUUUGUCGACAUUUUACCCUUAUUCCGUACACUCUGUACAUAUAAUGUAGCCUGUAGUGUCGUGGCAAAAUUUGAUGUCUAGUAAAAUCUAUAUUUUCUGAUUAAAUCUGAUAUCCAUAGUUAACGUUCGAAAGUUUACUGUAAUGAAACGAGGUAACUGUGGCUCUCUAUUAGUUAAUUUGAUAUAAGGUAUAGACGUGUCAUCAAUUAUUGGUUUUCUAAUAGUAACGACUGUCUACGGUUUUAACAAACUCCGAUUCGAAUACGAGAAUACGUUUCCUAAACAAAUGUUUUAACGUAUAGAAGACAAAAAUCGAAAGAGAAAUUAUUGAUUAUACCUGGUAAAUAAUUAUUAAGAGCACGGGCAUGAAAAAUUACUAAAAAUUGAAGGCAUAGCCCGAACUAGGGCAGAGCGGGGGUUAUAACUCCCUGCGUCAAAUUGCAGACAUAUACUCGCGGAAUUUUGUUAUGUACAUAUUUUGCUGAUAGGUACUUCUUUAAUUUCAACUUCUUUGGGGCUAGAAGACCGUGUACGGUUAGCAUUUUUUAAAAACUAUGGUUCAAAUGGGGGCGAUGUGGGGAACACCUCAGAGUGUGUAUCGCAUAAAAUCCCCGGUGUGAAAAUCUCUAGUUCCGGUACAGGUUGAAAGAUUUGAAUUUUUGGCAGAGAAGCGCGUAUACUAUGGAGAGCGCGCAGCCAACGAUCGAUAAUCGAAAGACCGAAGACCCAAAAGGAGAAAAAAAAUAAAAAAAAUUGGAACGAAAUAUGGGCGAAAUGUCGAAAAUACGGCUUUGAACGAUUUCGCGAGACCGGGGAAUGGUUUAAAUCGAAUUUACACGAAAUUUUUUUGCAUAGAUAAAAUCGUCGAUGAUAAUAAUAAUAUUGUGCGGUCCGCGAUAAAACCGUCGAUAUUCACCCUGUAUAAAAACGGCGAAAUAAUAUUAAUCGCGGGUUUAAUUUGAUGUUUUGUUUUUCGGGAAGGUAGAAAACUUUGCGAAUCAUGCCCUGAGGUACGCGUCGACGUUCAAAACGAACAACAUCAUGAUGACCAUGGGAGGCGAUUUCUCUUAUUCGGUCGCGUCAUCGUGGUUCAGGAACAUGGACAAAUUGAUCAAGUAAAGCGAUUUUUAUUUUGUUGUUGUUUUUUUUUUUUUUUUGUUUUUCGGUACACAUUUUACGAUAAAUAAUAAUAAUUAUCGCGCGCAUCCAUGCAUUGUUGUAAGUACAUAGUUUUCGUUGAACGCACACUGUUAUUUAUAUUUUUUAUCGACCGCGCGAUUCCUGUCGAAUCCGAAACGACUCGUUCGGGCCAUUCUGUCAAUUAUAUAAACCGCGGCGGUUUUUAUUGUUUGAUACGAUCGGGGGAGGGAGGGGGAGAGAGAGGGGAAAUACGCGGCCGCCUGUAAAUGAGUGGUAAUCGAAAACAAUAAUUAUCAUUAUUAUCGUAGGCGACGGCGGAGAAACAAUAUUAUUAUAAACACGGUCCGCGCGAAAAUAAUAAAUUACGCCACGCGUGAUCAUAAUUAUUGCUACGCCGGUCGUCCGCGAGCAUAGCCGAUAAUCGUUUGGUUUUUUUUUUUUUUUUUACAGACACGUGAACAAACUGAAACCCGAAUUGAACGUGCUGUAUUCGACGCCCGAAUGCUAUCUGUCCGCCCUGCAGCAGAACUCCGAAAACGUCACUUGGCCGCUCAAGGACACGGACGAUUUUUUCCCGUACGCCCACGACGAACACUCGUACUGGACGGGUUACUUUACGUCCCGGUCCAACUUGAAGUACAUGAUCUGCAAAGCCAAUAACUUGUUGCAGGCGAGUGAAACGGCGUCACAUAACGACAUGACCGCAGGCGCAACCAGUCCACUAACUUUGCGGGGGGGGGNGGGGGGGGGUGAGAGGGUGGCGGGAGGGUGUCCUAAAAAUUAUACACCGCGCCGCGGACCCGUGGGGUUGUAAACGUCACGGAAAUCUCGUUUACACGGCAAUAAGCAUCGCGUCGUUUAUAAUUUUUUACGUAAAAAUAUUUCGUAAUUUGUUCCACUUUAUUUUUUAUACACGCACACAAUAUUAUCCGUGGAUAACCUCGGUCGGUUACGAAAUCCGCCGAUAAAUGAAUAUUUAGCCGAUUAAAAAAAAAAAAUCUUAUGUUGAUAAUAUUUUCGGGGGUGCUGAUUUUAAACUUGGGCGUGCUAAAGACCCCAUAAUUACGCCCGACUGAUAUUUGUUUUAGAUUCCGGGCGUAACGAGGGAGCUAUUGAUUUUACAAUGUUGUUUAUUUUUUUUUUCUUCUUUGUUCUAGUCUGUGGACACGUUUUUUCCUACCAUAACUUUUCUGAAAGCUCAAGUUAUCUAGAUUUUACUUUAAAUCGGUCGUGUUUUAAACAUCGUGUUGAAAACAUGGAUGACGUUUCCUACCAAAAAAAAAAAAAGUGAUUUAAUCGAAAAAUCGAAAAAUCGAUAUUGUGUAUUUCGCAAGCCAUUUCUCGUGUAGUCGUGUAUAUUACUUUGAACAUAAAUGAGAGGUUGGUAAUAGUUUGUUUUGGUCACGGCGAUUGAACGGUUAAGCGGGUUGGGUAGGGGGGGUAGUAUUGAGAAACAUGUGUUCGAUUUUUUCCACGCAACAUGUUUUUAAAAGACGUUAAUGGAAAUGUUUAUACUCCCUGAUAUAAACUGAAUCACCCGGUAUAUCUUGCUUUCCCAACUACUCAUUUGAGCAGUAUCGAUUUUAUUUUUUAAAAAUUCUAGUUAUACAAAAAUUACCCAAAAGGAGUAUUCGUAUGACGUAACGUAUAACAUUUCGUGAACAAAAAAAAAGAUAAAAAUGGAAAAUAAUAAAAUAUUAUUACAUUCCUGAAUUGCAAAAAAUGUCAUCCACGAGGUUUUUUUUUUUUAAAUUUCAAUUCGUAAUAUUCACAAAACGAAUUUAAUACUUCGGUAUUAAUAAUUCCGCUGAAAAAAAAAGAUACGAACCACAUUCGAGCCUUACAGUAAUAAUUAUUUAUGUCUCGUAUCUGAAUUAUACAACAGUUAAUUAAUAAUCAAUUCGAAUUUUAAAAGUCGAAAUCUAAACAAAGUUUGUUCAGGAUUUUUGUCGAUUUUCAACAAUUAGCAUUUGCUUUUUUUUUUUUUUGCCGCGAAUAACAAAGCUGCAAUCUCCUUUUUUCGAUUUUGCGUUCGAUCCACAAUUUAUUUUAACGCAACGAUUUGCUUUUAAAACUUGUCUAUAGUGGUUUAGUAACAUUAUAACACAGGACUUAUCUAAUGCUUGAUUUUAUCGCUUUUCAAUUUCUUCUUCUUUAUCGAUAAUAAAACUCGGUCGGCCAGACAUUAAAAAAAACCGAUUUCGUCCUUUUGUCAUUGUGGGAACAAAUAUAAUAAAGUUCAUUGCAAAGUUUCUAGUUUAUGACGAUCGUAAUUUUAAAUUCUGAGCAGAGCGUUGGUUUUUACAAUGGUGUUUAUUAUUAUAUUAUUUUUACGAACAACUUUUCUACCAGAAAUUUUGAUCUGAUUUCAGCACUUUUUCUGAAAGAAAAUUUAACUAGAGUGGAAUUCUACAACAUAAAUGGGAAAAUCCUGGAAAAACGGAACAAUUUACAAAUUGCAUUAUUUUCGAAUCAUACAUAUUACGGCCUUUCAAUAUACAUGUAAAACCGAACUCCGCUCAGAAUUGCUUUAGUUAGCGAUGAUUAAUCGUCGAGUACAGAUACACUAAAUUUCUCCUUUACCUUAUCAAUUCUUCAACAGUGGUCCACCCAUCGUGCAAAAUAUGUCCGUUUGUUUUUGAAGUUAAAGUUGUCGACAUUUUAUUAUAUUUGAAUUCUAUUUUUUAUUUUUUUUUAACAAAACGUAUUGAGAAAAUUAAAAUCUUCUGUUGACAUUUUCAAGUAAUUGAAGUUAGACAAGUGUAUGUCGCGACUGUGUUGUAAUAAUGAUAACCUGUUUUGUACUGAUUUUAAAUGGAAUUCGAUUUUGUUUUAAUCGAUUGUAGCUUUCAUAAGCUGUACAUUUGUUUUUUAGGUUACUUAGAACAAUUUAUUUAUUUAAAGAAUUAUUUAAUUUUUUUGUUUUUUGUUGUUAAUAUUGUACUUUAUUUUACGUUAUAGAUUCUGAGUAUUACUACGAGAAAGCUAUUGGUUUAAAAAAUAGAUUUUUUUAUUUUUAUUAUUCUCUGAAUAUAAUUUAUCAGUUAUUAAAAAGGCUCCGAUUUUUUUCUCAUCGUACAUUAAAGAUGCGCAUUUUCCAGUCGAUUAUAUUUUAUAAAAACCAUUUUUCAAAAAAAAAAAUGCUUUGAUAUUUUUUUAAUAUCUUAUUUCGUUCAUUUAUCGCGGCGGCGCAAGCAACUUCUGCGUCAGAUAUUUUGUCUACGGAAUAUACGAAAAUGUACCGUGGUUCACACAAGCCGUUUGAACGUCGUUUAUGCACUAAAAUCGGCAUAAUCGUCGUGUUUCGCGCAAACAUAUAGCGGCGCAAAUUUGUUGAUCGUGUAUGGGGGAGGGGGGCUAGUACGGUAGUGCGGAGCAUAAGCUCCGACUUUUAAAUUUUAGCACGGGGGCAAAUAAACAAUUUAAACCACUGUACGUGGAUGUUAUUUACAUACAUAUGUAACGUCAUAAUCGUGGUAUUUUAUCUCUAGUCAUGUCUAGACAAUGUAAGUUGAACAUUUCAAUGUCAAAACUCAUUAACUAAAAAAAAAAAAAAUGUUAUAAUAAUAAUCAAAUAACUUUCGUACACAAAAUCGAAAUGCUGUUUUUACGUUUCACCCCCGUUGUUAUAAUAAUCGAAGUGCGGAGGGGGGGCGAUUGUCCCCGUCGCCCCCGUAAAGUCGGCGUCUAUGAUACGGAGACGACAAGUGCACGCGCGUUCCGUUAAAAUAUUAUUGAAAUAAUAAUGUAAAAACAAAAUUAUUAAAAUGGUUAAUACCCGUAAAUAAAAAAAAAUGUUUGUGUAAAAAUGAAAUAAAUAAAUGAAUGAAUGCGUCGCAUGGAGCGUUACGGAAUAUCGAGUAUUAUACGAUCGAUUUCGAAUUGAAAAUUCAUCAUCGGGUGUAUCACAGUCGAAAUGUAAAACGCGACUGAAUAUAAGAAAUUUAACGAAGGAAUACAGAGAGAAAAAAAGAAAAAUCAUCCGAAUUGGUCGUUUCGCGUAGAAUUAAUUUACUUUAAUACGGGAGAGGCUAUUUAAAAUUAGUUAUUAUUAGACAUAGAUACGUUGAGAAAUAACGAUUUAUUUGGUUAUGUGACACGUUCCGUUCAUUAAUCUAUUUUAUUUCUAUACGUAUGCGUUUUUUGUUUGUAUAUUUAUUCGCUAUGUUAUUGAAAUGUUAUUGUCGUAUUGUUUCGCUGUCAGGCGGUGAAGCAAAUCGGCUCGACGCUGGGAGAACGGCUCGCCGAGAACGUGCGGGCGCUGGCCAUAGCCGUCGCCCAGUCGCAACACCACGACUCCAUAACCGGCACGGAAAAACAGCACGUGUCCGACGAUUACGCGCAGUACUUGGACGAAGGGAUCACCGGGACGCAACAGGUGUUGACGGCCGCUUACAGGUACGGCCGGGACGGGUUUUGUUUUUCGGGCCAUUAUAUACAUGUGUAAUGACUAGAGAUGUACCGCGAACGCUGAUUUGUGACGUCGAACCGAACCGUAGUACUUAGACGUUUCCAUUCGAACUUUCUAAACGAUUUAUCGAACUCGAACAUUAGAUUUCUCUUUUUCGUAACGAGUAACCCCGAGCUCGGUUCGAAAAUCGAGCAAUUUGUCACGUCUCUAUAUUAAUAAUAAUAUAAUACGCGAAACGUUAUACGAACCGUUCGGGUUAACACCAAUGUUGACACGCAGAUUUGGCGCACGACUAAAGUGAACCGUCAAAAUAAAUCUCAUACUCCGGUAAUAUACCGGAGGGUUAAAUGCGGAAUCGUAUAACCGCGUGAAGUGUUUUUCGUUGGCCUAUACAGGGCGAUUCACUAAGCGUGAUCACUUCAAUUUUUUCGGUUAAAUUUUGUAUACAUUCAAAUUCUGAUUUUUGGGAAUUUUCAAGUGUAAUUAAAGCCGAUAUUUUCGAAUAUUUAGAUUUUUCGUGAUCGAACGAGAACCUAUGUUGAAAAUUCCACAAAUUAGACGGACUAUUGUCCUUAAAUACAUUUUGGUGUCAACAUUUUUGAUUUCCGUCAACCCGUUGACGAUAUAUUUCACUUUUAAGUUUAGGUAGCGGGAGAGUAGUGGAGUAUCAUUUGUGCGGCGGUACGGCACGAGACGAUUUAUUAGUGUUCCACUACUCUCCCCUUACCCAAACUUGAAAGGGAAAUAUCUCUUAAAUAUCUUUAAAAAUUCCAAAAAUUAGAAUUUUAUAUAUGUAAAAUUUAACCGAUUAAAUUGGGUGAGCACGCUUUGUAGAUCACCCUGAAUAUGUUGUGUACACUUGUUGGUGUCGUGAAAUCAUUCGCAAAGUUUCGCGCAUUUCAAAAAAAAUAUUUGUACUUUUUUUCGAUUUCAUCGAUAGUUUCACUUAGCUCGCGAAAAAACCGUACCAAACGACUAUUACAAAAGUUUGUCGCCACAAUCGUUUUCAGUCGUUUCGCCGUAACUCCGGAAAAAAAAAAGGCCUCGAAACUUUUAUUUGCAUCUAAACAAACUAUUCAUAAUUAUUAUGAAAACUACUUUAAUCAUCAAACAAUGAUUUCUCUGACAGUGACAAUAUUACUGGUAGAAAACCAAAAAUUAAACAAAAUGAAAUCGGUAACGCAAUGGCGUGCUGUAAAUAUUUACAUUUUUACCCAUAAUUUUUUUUCGGGUUUUUCUCGGUUAUUUUGGAAACCUCUUGAAAAAUCAAGAAAUAACCUUUCUAAUGCAUCAAUGAGUUUAGUUAGAGAUAAUUUUCUUUCAGAAAAAAUACUACACUCUAUGCAUCGGAGCGAAAUUUUAUUUCGAAAGACCUUUACAAACAGAAAAAAAAACAACAUCAUAGUAAAAAGUUAAUAAAUCCCUCGCUACACUCUAAACCUAAAAUAAAUACGGUCAACGGGGGAGGGGUUUAAACCCUACGAUUUCUCCUCCCACCCAUGUCUAAGAUAAUAAGAUAAUCUUACUUCCACCCUCCCAGUUAGUUUAUCCAGCGGGUAAGAUUAUAUACUGACAAUAAUACUGUUCAAAUCGAUAGACUUACGAACACAAUUAACAUUUUGAAUUUCAAAUUUAUGACCGGUGGGUCGUGAUAAUCCUUGACGAAGAUUUUAUGGGAAAUCUCCUUUUUCUAGAAUAAUCUUAUCUGUCCUUCCACCCCGGAUAAACUAUCCGGGGGUAUGAUUAUCCUAUUACACCGGUAGAGAAGUUUUGCGCAUUUUAUUUUAUUUUUAGAAUUCGAUAUUGCACCCGCAUGAAUAACUCCCUGUACAGUUUUGAUCGGAAUCAUUUUUCAAAACGAAUACCUAAGAUUUACCUUCGUUUUCGAUAUUUCGAAUAAUAUUGUAAUAAUAAUGAUUUCUCCCCGGAUCGGCGGAUCUCUCGAUGUAUGAAAUAUGUUUGGUUUUUUUUUUUACCACUAUCGUACUAUCUAUCUACUAUCUAUCGUACAUGAUAUGUAGGUCUAUCAUAUGUGAUUUUAUUAUAUUUGUUGUUUUUUGUCCAGUAGCAAAAAAAAAAAAAACUUGAUACAUCUGGACUCACGACGGCUUCGCUUACAUACUCGUAUUCUAAUCGACAACACGCACACAUAAUUCCGUUAUACGCGUUUAGCCCCUGCCAUAUUCAAGGGGUCGCGUAAAGGCAAUUUAAUAGCAUUUGUAUGAAAAAAAAAAUAAACCAAGUGACCGUCUAUAUUAACAAAAAAAAAAUAUUACUAAGCCUGCAGUUAUAAAUUAAACUACUCUAUAAUAAUAUAUUCUAUCCUCCAAAUUUUCCGCGUACAAUAGUGACACAUCCGCCAGCAGUAUCGGUUCAUAAAAAAAAAAAAUAACUCUAACGUUCAAAAUAUUUUUAAAGUUUUUCUUCGUUCUUUUCGUUUCGAUUUACGUCCUCAAGUAUUUAAUAUGAAAGUUACUUAUCGAUACUUAAUAUUCCUGUAAAGUAUAAAUAAAAUAGUACAAAAACUGAUUUAAAACCGAGCACGAAAAUUAUUGGAAACUACCUACACUUUCGUAUUUUAUUAAGUAUUCCGGUUAUUUGAGCUUGCGCAUUUUGGCUCAAAUGAUACUCUAUAAUAGUUCGAUUAUAUAGGUUUUCUUAAUUUCCUAUCAGUUUUCGAAACGUGAUUAUAAAUUAUUUAAUCGGAUUAAAAUCAAAGAAUUCCGCUACACUGAAAGGUAUCAUCAAUAUAAUCUUUACCUAUACGUAUAUAAUAAUAUAAUUUUGAUUUUAGCGUUAUCGAAACGUGGUUUUAUUUUUUUUUUUAAAGAUUUCGGGGGUUUAAAAACAUACAUUUUGAUCACAACCCCGCAGGGUGCUGAUGGGUUAGUGUUUAUUGACUCCCGAGAUAUUCAACAGGGGGGGGGGUGAUAAAAUAUUAGAGGUAGGGUCAAUAAUUACCGGUGAAAAUUUAUUCCCCGAUAGUUUACGAUUGGGGUUGUUAAAUAUCGAAAUUUUUGCGAUUAUACAGGGAUAUAAUUUGAAUUUUUCGAAACGAAAAUACCGUCAAUUUUUAAUACCGGAUUCGAUUAUUUAUUAUUUAUUUCGAAAAAAUUUGAUCGAAACAAUAAUUUUGUCCCAUCUCAAAAAUUACUACCCGACACACGUCUAAAGUCGAUUUAAACAAAUAUGAUUUUUUUUCUCGAUUCCAAAAAAAAAAAAUGUAGAACGUUUUUCAGGUUAUGUAUAACACGAUUAUCUUUGACAUAUGGAUUUGUUCACAGUUAUUAGAAUAGUUGCCACGUUUUGUCACUUCACAUAGCCGUGCGUGUUUGUUUAAUAAUCGAAAAGCGUUUUUGUUUGUUUUGUUUUGUAUAUAAUUCGUUGGACGGUUUUGUAGCUCGGGUGAUUUUUGAGAUAAAAAAAAAACUGUUAUAGUACUUGUCUGGCUAAAAUUUCUUCGUGUUGCCAUAACUGUUCGAGUGAAACACAUUGCAUACGUACAUUAUUAUAUCGGUCGGUGGCUGUACAAAAUUAAUGUAAAAUAUUAUAAUUAAUGAAUACCGCGUCGUAAAUUUGAAUCUAAUCGCGACGGUUAUAUUAUUAAAAACCUGUACCUAUUAAAGGCACGGCAAAAAAAAUAUCACUCCGAUAACUCGUACCUGUUUUAAUUAAUUAAUUUCGUGUAAAUAUAGACUGCCGAGAAAUUCUUACUUUCGCGCACUUAUACCCAAUGUAAAGGGUAUCAUUUCAUUGAGAUGUGACUUUUGUUACGUUCGACAUUUCCAAUUUUUGUUUUCCUUAUUUUACUAGAGCUUUUUGAAUAUUGUGAUUCCUCCGUUUGAUGUAUUCUUUUUUAAACUAAAUCUAAACUAGGUGUUUAAAUUCGUUUACGAAAUUCAAGGUAGCUAUUUUAUAAAUAUGUUAAAAUUCUGGUGUUACAACUAUAUUUUACUAACAACGAACCGCGUAGUUUCUACAAAUUUCUAAAUCAACGCAAAUUAUGAAUAAAAUCAUUUUUCAUAGGAAAAUUAAUAUAAGUAGUGGUGGUGACGAAAAUCGAUUUAAACCAUGAUAAUUAUAAUAAUAGUAAUAAUUCAGGCUCCAAAAUUCAUACCGUUGUAGAAGCGUAGCUAAACUUCCCUAUAAACUAUUCUGUGCCCGUCUUAAAAAUCAAAUCUACUAAUCCUUGCUCUUAGCUCUAAAUCCAUCUCAGAAAACUCACUUUGAAGGUUAUAGUGAAACUGGAACCGUGACCUAAAAUAACACUAACCCUCUCUAGUCAGUAAGUGUUGCCACUGGGUGAUUGCUUCAUCAAUCAAGCCAAUAUAAAUUAUUAUCCUCAAACAUACUUAUUUUAAAGAUGUAUUCAUAGACUAUAUGUAUUAAAAAUAAAAGUUAAAAAGUAAUUAUGAUCAAUUUCAAUUUUUUUUAGAAAAUUAACGCUAUUAGUAAAUAUGUUUAACACCAACAUUUUGUUUCAAAAUAUAUUUAUAAAAUGACUAUCUCAGAUUUUGUGAAAACAAUUAAUUAUUUUUAGUUUAGAAAAAAAAAAUUAGAGGAAUCGUAGCAAAAAUCUCUAGUAAUUAUCAUUACAAAAAAAAAAAAAAAACCAAUAUUGAACAGAGCAAAAAUUAUUGCAUAUUUUAUCAGAUCUCUCAGUGAAACACCUUGUUUAAUAUACGGCAUAGGGACGGCUGUCCAUUUAUAAAAUACGAUAAUCACACAACUUGAUCGAUUUGAAUUGUUUACAAUUUCACACUGUAUACAACAUAAAAAAUAACAAAUGCAAAUCGACAAAGUGACACUUAUUAUAUCGUUAUUGUGUUUUACAAAUAUAAUAAGCCGAAUGCGCGUCAGCGCGUAGCCUUAGGUAACUCGAUAAUUUCCAAUAUAUUACUAUAAUUCCGCGUAGAAAAUUGUCAAAACCUGCAGAUGGGUACAUCCUGUACAUAUAUAUAUUAUAUAGGUACUUUGAUUUUACCGAGAAAUAUUAUACGCCGCCAUCGUAUAAUAAUGCGACUUACUAAAGUUCGCGUACAGCGUUGUAAAUCGAUAUUUUGAUAUAACGUUGCUCCGCAGUCUCGGUUGCUCUCUCGCGCUUUUCGAUUUUAAGUAAAUAAUAUUAUUACAUACAUCUACAGAGUUUUAGUUACAAUAUUAUAACAAUAUAUUCGUCGAAUCUUCUACCGUUUGUAAUUAUAACGUAAUAAUAAUAAUACCGUAAUAAAUAUCGGUACAUAUACCGUAAUACUAUUAUUGCGUUAUAUUGAUUUCGAAUAUAUCAUGCGACGGGAAUAAUAACAUAUUCUUUUGAGUUUUUGGGCUCAAACAAUCUGCUACGAGUGUAGGACGUUCGCGUGUAGCUUUAUUUUACGGCUAAAUAGUAUAUAUAUAUAUAUAUAUAUAACUAGGCACGGGUCCAGAACAAAUAUCUGGGAGGGGGAGUCAUCUUUUUUUUUUACCACACAAAUACAAUUAAAAUAUAAUGCGAUAUAUUAUGUAGGUGUAUUGUAUAUUUUACGGUACGUAUAUCAGCGAUUGGAAUAUAGUAAUAUCAGGAUCCAAAGAAUUAUAAAAAAAAAAAAAAAAAAAANAGGAAUUGUGUUCAAGGAUAUUAACAUUUUAACAUCCGGGGAAAACGAAAAAGUUUUGCCCAUUUCAGGGAAAUGACCAGUUGGUAUUUUUUUACGAACAAUUAAGCACACUUACACAAUAAUUUUACCGACAUUUAUAAAACCACUCGCAAUACACAGGAUUUACAGGAUAAAUAAAAUUAAUAAAUAUAUUUUUAUGACAAAUUGUUUAAUAAUUUUAUCUGAUAAAUCAAAAAUUUUAAAUUGUAUAAUAAACAGUGUUUUAGAAGCACUUUUUAAUGGUGUAUUUGAAACUAAAAUCUGUGGUCAAUAUUUCUAAGUUUCAAAUUUAAAAAACAUAAUUAUUGGUAGUAUUAACCUGAGUGAAUUAUUUACUAACAAAUCUGAAAUAUUUGAUUCUUAUUUUAACACGUAAAAAUGAAAUUAUAAUAUUGGAAUCGCAGUCCACAGAUAUGUAUAAUAUAUUAUCAUACACAUAUCUGUGAUUGAAACAUAGUAAUAUUAUCAGGAUCUAUAGAAUAAUAAAAAAAAAAAAAAAUCGGAGAAAUAAUAUGUCUGGGGAAUCCCUAGGUGCCCCCCUGGAUCCGUCCCUGAAUAUAAUGCCAAAUGAAUAUUAUGGUUAACUGUUGGAUAACGGAUGAUUGUUGUCUGAAAUUUAACGUGAGAUUUAACCGCCAUAUACUAUUCACGCGGUCGGAUUGUUGUAAUUAUUGCUUAUAACCGAAGGACAAUAAAAUAACGCGUAAAACUGACGUAGCGUCGAUACACAUCGUACACGUUUCGAGGGGAAGAGUUUUUGGGCCGUCGAACCUGUAUAAUCUGACGAAAAUUAAUUGCACCCCGCAGGAAAUGGUUGGGUAACGAUUUUCCCGAGCAAACGUACUGCAAGCUGCUCAACAUCAGCGAGUGCGACGUGUCCGAGAAUAGCGCCAAGUUUGUCAUCACCCUGUACAACCCGUUGUCGCACGCCGUCACCACGCCGGUCCGCAUUCCGGUCAAGUACGCUGAUUACAAGGUGACCGGUCCCAACGGUAAUGUGUUUACUUAAUCGUCCUGAUAAACGUUACCGCGUGUACCGCUCCUAACCGCGUCAGCCGAUGUUACGGUUUUCAGGGUCCAACGUGCAGUACGAACUGGUGUUUUUGCCCGAGCAAAUCUUCCGGUUAGGCGGUCGAAGUUCGAACGCCACCCACGAGCUGUUGUUCAUCGCCAGCGAAGUGUCUCCGAUGGGAUUGGUCAACUAUCACGUGGAGAGACUCAAUGAACUGGAACCGCCGGCCAGACCGACGCCGCACAACAGCACCGACGAAGUGAUCAUCGACAAUGGGGUAAGGCGUACCUAUAUAAUAUUUCAAUAAUAAUAAUAAUAAUAAUAAUAAUAAUGAUAAAUAACACCAGUUGUUGUAUGUAAAGAUAAAUUACAAAGUAUCUAGUUAAAGAUAAGAGAUAAUUUCUAAAACGAAUAUAAUAUAGAUAAAGACAAAAGAUACAUAACCACUUUUCAUCUAGAUAAAAAUAAGAUAAUUUUGUUUAUUUCUAUAUUAUACAACUAAAUGCUAAAAGUAGUAAAAAUAUGAUACGCAUCUAGAUCUCAUAAAGGUUUUGUGAAUUAUGUAAAUUAAUUAUUAAUUUAUUAAGUAAUAUUAAUAUAUUAUAAAUUAGAAUUAAAAAAAAAAAAACCAUCCAUAUGGUUUAAUUAUUUAUCUCAGAUAACUUAUUUCGCAUUUAUCUAGAUAAGGUAGAAAGUCCUACUGAGUCACGCAACACAAUUUGACCAACAGAACGUUUCCAAAACUUUUUCGGUUAGACAUUUUUUUAUACUGUUAUAAUGUUAUGCAGAAACCGUUGGUUAUGCGAAAAUUUGAUUUAAAACUAUAUUAAAGGUAUUUCGGUAUAUUUAGCUAAAAAAUUACAAUUUAUCAAAAUGUUCGAUUUAGAUUAAAAAGAACAUAGUGAAACGUAUAACGGUUUGAAGAGUAAUAUAUUAUUUCCCGGGGUGUGUGUGUGUGAGUGUAUUUUUUUUAAAUUAAUAUUUCUCCGCGUUUAGAAAUUGAAAGUCGGUUUCAACGGUACCAGCGGUCUUGUACAGUGGAUAGAGAAGAACGGCACGCGGCUCCCGCUGCAACAAAACUUUUUCUACUACGAAGCGAUGAAAGGUUAUAAUUUCAACGCCGACAACCGGGCCAGCGGAGCGUACAUUUUCAGACCCACUGAAAAUCGGCCUACCGCCAUUUCGGAAAAAAUCAAUUUGACGAUUUAUCGAGGUAGAUAUUUUAUCCGCGGCGAAAUAUUAUCAUAAUAUAAUUGUAUGAUUUUUUUUUUUAUCCAAGGGAAAAAUGUUCACGAAGUGCACCAGUCUUUUAGCUCUUGGUUGAGUCAAGUAGUUCGGAUUUACGAUCAACAGGAAUCGGUCGAAUUCGAAUGGCUCGUCGGACCCAUACCGAUCGUGUGAGUAAACUAAUAAAUAAUAAUGUUUCUUAUGCGUUCUAUAACGACUAUGGCAAAAAAAAAAAAUAAAAACUUUAGUCUUAAAGUUUCCACGCGACUCAAGAAUAAUGCGUGACUCUAUUGUUUUAGUUGAUGUUUUAUUAUUAUUAUUAUUGACGUUUCUUUCGAGAAGUUUUAUAUUAUUAUUAUUACUAUAGUAGAGUUUUCCAAACACGAUUGCCGAGAAAUAAAGUGUUUCUUGUUGGUUUUUUUUCUUCUCCUUCAAUUAUUAUCUUUCUCGCGAAUAUCGUUUUUUCGGCGUUUAUAACGUUUCGAUGAAUAUUGUUUAUCCGUAGGGAAUGGGUCGGAAAAGAAGUCAUCACCAAGUAUACGACCAAAAUAUCGUCAAACGGUACGUUUUACACGGAUUCGAACGGAAGGAGGUGGAUGAAAAGGAAGCUGAACCAACGUUCCUCCUGGAACCUGACGUUAACCGAGCCCAUCGCGUCCAAUUAUUAUCCGAUUACGUCGAGCAUUGCGAUCAGGGAUUCCGUAAAUCAGGCAACGGUCGUAACCGAUCGGCCGCAGGGCGGUACCAGUAUCGAAGACGGCACGUUGGAACUCAUGGUAAAUUCGUGUUCGUAUGGUAGUCGAUAAUAAUGGCCAAAUACAAAAAUGACCAGACGAAAAUAUGGCCAAAUGCAAAAAUAACCAGAUGAAAAGAUGCAAUUUAAAUAAGUAUUUUUUUUCGUGGCCAUUUUUUAUUUGACCAACAUCAUCUAAAUUCCAAAAAUGUAUAGUGUUGCGUGCUUUCACGUGCUUACAGUCGAGGUUCUGAACGGAACGGAAAAGCCGAUAGUUUUUUAAACUAUGAUGGUUUUUCACCCCCAAGCACUCCAAAAAGUUCACACCGUAGUUAUAAAAGGGCGACUUGUCAAAAUAUCCGGGAAAACGGUAUUUUGUCUAGGAAAUAUUUUGAUUAGCGACCCAUUGAAAGACGCUGUGAUACAUUAAGGAAUCAUUUUCUAUGUUCCCGGAAGUAGUUCUAUAAAAUUAAAAAUAACGGGAAUCGAAUAACGGUACGCGCGUUCUGAAUACAAUUCACACAGCGUGCGCAGAGAUCAGAAAUGUUGAGCUUGGGCUAUUCUAUAUAACAUUCCGAAACCUAUACAUUUUUCGAAUAUCGAUUUUUAAAAAAAAAUUAAAGAUUAAAAAGUAAAAUUUUAACGAAUUCAGUUCGAAUAAAUAGACUUGUAUAUACUUCUAUUACACCGAUAUUGGUUUAUUUCGCGAAUCGAAAAUAAAAACAGAUGCUCGUUCACUAAAUUUUAAACUUUGAAUUUACCCGGUACGAAAAAUUGUUCAUUAAGUGUUAAUCCGUUUAUCUUUUCGGGAUUUUUUUUUUGGUUUUAGCUCCACCGACGACUUUUGUACGACGACAGCCAAGGUGUCAGCGAACCGCUGGACGAGAAUCAGUACGGCGAGGGCAUGGUGACCAGAGGGAAACACAUUUUACACUUUACCGUACUGGACGUUGCGGCACAGGCGCACAGGCUAUCCGCACUGCACACCGUCAUGCAACCCGUCGUUACGUUGGCUUCGACCCACGUGGGAGGUGCCGAAUGGGCCUCAAAGUUCAGAGCAACGGUAUGUAUUAUUAUACGACGAUGCGAUGGUCGGACAAAAAACCGCGUGCAACAUCAUUAUUAAUAAAUUGUUCCCCUCGCCUUCCCCCGUUUUUCAGUACAACUUGUUAAACGUUUCAUUGCCAUUGAACGUGCACAUUUUGACGCUGGAACACUGGAGAAAAAAUGAAAUCUUAUUGAGGGUGGAACAUAUAUUCGAGAAGGACGAGGAUCGAUUCCUAUCGUUACCCGAAACCGUUCAUGUCAAAGUAAGUGUUUCUACGUGUUUUUGUAUAGUUUUAACCACGCGUUGUAUACAAGUAGGUGUAAACAGUUUUUUUUUUUUUUUUUUUGAACACAUUAUAAUACACAUUACGUGUACAGAAAUUCUGUAUUAUAUAUCUAUAAAUUGAAUUUUAUGGAAGUUCGAUGUAUGAAAAAAAAAGAGACCUGAUACUGCUGAUGGGUGUGCACUGUUGUAAGUGUGAGGUUAGGAAGGUAGGAUAUACAUAAUGAUAUUUAAUUCAUAUCUGUAUGCUACGAUAAAUGAUUGUUGACCAAAUACAUAUUUUAUUAUUGGUCGGUACAAAAUACUACGGGUUGUGCGUAAUGUCCGAUCGCCGAAAUAAUUUAGAAAGUAAUUUCGUCGAAAUUGUGCUGGGUAAAAUAUGAAAUUUAGGAACACAAAACCUAUGCGAAAUACAAAAUCGUAUACAAAUACUGCCUUAGAAAAAUAAAAAACCGGUAAUCCGAUGUUAUUUUUUUUAUUUCCCGCGGCGUGACUACAAAUAUAGGAACUUAAAAUCAAAGUGUGAACCUCCCUCACAGAGAUGUAAAAAUCCGGCUUUGAUCUAUCCGUCUAUGUGAGUUCAAAAUGUCUCUUAAAAACCAUUAUAUAAUGACGGUAUAUGUACCGCAAAAACAUAAUGUCCAUAACUUAAUGGUUUUUAAAUAUUUAAAAAAAAUCUGCAGUAAAACAAAACAACAUUUUCAAUAAGUUACCAUCAUUAUCCGUCCGGAAAAUCCGCUUUUUUUUUAAUUCUUCAAAUAUACAAAUUUUCGUGUAUAUUUGUUUAUUGUUUUCGGUGCACAUCAUUUAUUAAGUUUUUUUUUUAAACCGUACACGUAUUGUAUGUGUUGUUCGGAAGUUUUUUUGCUCGCCACUGAAAUGUGUUGCGGCGGCCAAACGUUAAUACAAAUUACGUUAUCAGUUAUCACGAUAAUUCAGAGAGAGAGAGAGAGAGGUCAAGUCCUUUGGGGUCUAAGCGCUGAUGUUGAAAAUAUUGGAAUAUUUUUUUAUCGCACAUAAAACUCGAGUUUACAUCUUAUGUUUUGGCAACGUUAUCGCCGUUUAACCGAAAUUAUAGUUUUUACAACGAGCAAAACGAUAUAAUAUAUAUUAUCGUCGGCCGAACAAAAAAAAAAAAUAAUAAAAGUGAAUUCGUGUACUCUCUCGAACGGGUAUGGCUGGUUUCGUUAAAACCGUAUUAUUUACGCAUACAAAAAAUAUAUACAUAUAUAACCACCUCGAUGGCCUUUUUUUUGGUUUUGCAUAUUUUUCGUUCUGCAAAUGACCUCCUUAUAAAAUAACGAAUACACCGCCACGGUAAAUAAUACGUGAUCAUCGGUAGCCGCAAUAAUAGUAUAUUAUCCCACCACUUUAACCUUUUUUUUUUUGUUUUGGUGCACAAUUUUAGGCGACCGCCAGCCUGAAAACCACUGGUCUAUGCGAACUGAUUUUGGCAUACGACGGUGGUUAUAAUAAUAUAUGGGUAGUCGAAAAUGUCCAGAAUUUUUGGUUAAAAGACGAAAUACUCGUGUUUUUAUUGGUUCGUAUCUGAGUGCAAUAGGAAAAAUUAUUUUAUAGUUUUACGAAUGUAUGGUUUUUCUUCCAACGAGAACGUCUUUUUAGUUCCUUAAAAAUUUUCCGCAUUAUUCAAGUCGUACGUUAAAAGAUGUCAAUUAUCCAUCCGACACGGCGGAGGCAGUAAUCAUUUUUUUGACAUACUUUUUUUGUAGACUCCUUUCAGUUUUUCUAAAAAAUUAAAAAAAAAACUGCCAACAAAUGACGAUACAUACGAAUUUAUUCUUGUUGAAAAAUCGUGGCAAAUACAAUAAUAACCUUUACCAGUUUACCAAGUUCCGCUCAGUAUGCAUUUUUUGAUGUAAUGAUUCGGAAGUUUACCCUCCAAUCCUAUAUAGUUCACAACUUUUUACCUCCGUCAGUGGCCUACCUGUGGCACGAAGUAUGUCCGGCGUUUCUUUUUUAACAAAAAUGAAUUUCGAUUAUGAAUGCUGAGAAACAAAUAUAUUUUUUCACCGCGGUUUUUAGAAAUAAUUCAAAAUUUGUCUCGAGAUACGAGUAAAUUAUAACCAAAUAUUAUACAGGUGGUUUUUUUAGCGUGGAUUAUCUAUGUGUAUAUAAUGAUAGUUUUAAAUUAUAAUAAAAUAUAGAAUUGACAUGUUCAUGUUUACAUUUUAAAAUGCCACCCUGUAUACCGACCAUUCAUAUACAUUAUGCGUAUUAACUACAUAUAAAUUUUUAAAUAGUUAUCACCGACAAGUUCUUGCGUUCCAUGUACCUACAUAUUGUAAUAAUAACUUUAAAGUGAUUAAAAAAAAAAAAAAUCGUACGUUUCAGGAAUUGUUUUUGCAUAUGAACGUAACGGGGUACAAGGAGCUGACGUUGAGCGCCAAUUUGGCCAAGAAGGAUUUGGACCGGUACCAAUGGAAUCACGACGGCAGUAAACCGCAGUCCGUAGCAGCGGAAGAAACACCGGUCGAUGAUCUUUUGAGACCGAUGGCCAUCAAAACUUAUUUGCUUACAGUGAAUAGCCCGAACGUGGUUUGAUUAUAUUAUAUUAAAACGAUAAAAAUGAAAUCCUAUAGCAAGAAAAAAAAAAGAAAAAACAACAUGUACUAAUAUUGUUUCGAAUCUAAACAAUUUUAAUUCUCUUCGCAUUGAGCUUGGUUAUUAUAUUACCGUGUUCAAAAUCUAGGAACAAAAAUACGUCGGAAAUUAUUAUCGACUGUAGUUCUUAUUAAUUUAAAUUUACUUAAGACAAAAAAAAAAACAUCCCCCAAGUAAACAUAAUAACAAGAAACAAUCUAACAUGUAUUUUUUUUAUAACUAUUUUGUUUUUCAUAACAUAUUAGAGUAAUAUUAUCAUGCUUUUUUUUAUAUAUAUCCUUUUAUUAUUAUUAUUAUGAUUAUUUUUUUUUUUUUUAGUUAUUUUAUUUAUUUUAUCGAAUCAUACAGUAUGAUAUAAUACAAUCGUAUAGACCAUAACUGCGUAGUAACUAAUGUUAUAUAAUAGUAAGACUAAUUUUUGUAAUAAUAUAUUAAAAUAACUAAUAGAUGUAUACGAAUAAAUUAAUAAUAAUAUACGA